AUGUCAGUUCCCGUCUCUCAAAGAACGUCGCGGACUUCUUCCACGUCGUCUACAGGAGCAAAACCGAUGUCUACAGUAGAGAGUAGCGUGACGAAGCUCCUUAUUUCGACGAAAACACUACUUCAGAGGCUCACACAGUGGUCGCGAAAGAGUGCAAGCGAAAGUCAGGUGUCAGAUGCAUAUGUGCAGCUCGGGAACGAUUUCAAGUUGGUGUCGAAGCACUUCGCGCAUGCGGGGAUCGAGGUGACGGACUUGGGCGAUGUGCCGAUGGAGCUCCGCAGGGUGUUGGAGGUGGCGCUCCGGGAGCCGGCGACGGAGGAGACAUUGAACAAGUACUUGCCGCACAUCCGGGAGAUCAUCGUGAGCUUGUUGGACAAGCUCAAGGCGAAACAGUCGCAGCUCAAGCAGAAGAAGAGCGAGCGGCGCGGCUCGGCGCUCUCGAACGCGGGCGGCAAGAAGGGCGUGCGGGCGGUGGAGGAGGCGCCGGUGCGGGUGGAGGGCGCGGGGGCGGUGCCGGAGCGGGCAUCGACGGUUUCGGCGUCGCCGGCGGCGCCUGCCAACGGCCACGAGGACGCGCUCGUGCAGUUGAAGAAGGGCGUGACGCUCCAGCGGCGGGCGUCGAAGCGCUUUUCGGCGUACCACAUGGCGAAGCUAACACACAUGUCGAGCUCCGAGCUUCCGACGCCGACGCUCCCCUCGUCGGCGGACUACACGGCGCAGGGCCCGCCGCUCUCGCGUGGCUCGACGAAGCAGGGCGAUGGGAACACCACGGAGGCCGGCGAGCAGGACAGCGUGCGACGCGAGGUGCUCAACCGGCAGUCACGGCUGGCAGCGGACGGGGCCUCGAUCACGCUCUUUCUCAAAUUGAACAACAAGGUCAAGAAGGCGACGGUAACCAUGCCGCUCACGUUCAACCAGCUCCGCUUGCUCUUCGUGGAGAAGUUCACAUAUUUGCCCGGCGGCGGCGUCUUUCCGGACAUCUACAUAAAGGAGCCCGAAUACGACGUUGCGUACGAGCUCGAGGAGUCACAGUUGCACUAUAUCAAGGACGGCACGCUUCUGUUGCUCAGCCUGGAGCCGGCGCCGAGCCACGCGCCGGACAUGGCCGAGAAGUUCGAGACCCUCAGGAACGAGUUGCUGGAAUCGCAGCGCGAGAUGCUAUCGCAGGUGAAAAGCCUGCUCGCCAACGAGCGCGCCUUCACCACCGAGCCGCUCGCGAAGCCCGACAAUGUAAUAUUACCCAAAUCAAAAAUAUCUGCUGAGAUUCACUCCAUCAAGCACGAAUUAUCGGUAUUGAACCAGGCGCAUAACACGGGCAAGCAGGCUCUCACAAAAACUAUCAAGGAGAUUCUGGAGAAGGUGAAGAAGUUCCAGUCAUUGUCAUUCAACGCAUCCACGUCGGCCAACCGCGUCUACAUGGAGCAGUCGCAUUCGAAGUUGUCCGAGCUGUCAGACUCCUUGCUCGCAAAGGUAGACGACCUCCAGGAUAUAAUCGAAGCAUUGAGGAAAGAUGUGGCAAUUAGGGGCGCAAAGCCAACGAAGAAGAAGCUAGAGGCUGUACAACAGGAACUGAAACAAGCAAUGAAGGAUUUGAAAAAAAUAGAGCAGUACAUUAAUAUUGAGAAACCUAAUUGGAAAAUGAUUUGGGAGUCAGAACUAGACAAGGUAUGCGAGGAGCAGCAAUUUUUGACCCUUCAGGAAGACUUAGUGUUCGACCUACAGGAGGACUUGACAAAGGCUAAUGAGACGUUUGACUUGGUGAAGCUUUGCUGCGAGGAACAAGAGAAGAACCCCAAGAGAACAAGAACCAACCCCAUACUGCCCCUGACAAAGCCGGGAACCUUGACCGAUCUGAGAGACAUGGUUUUGAUGGAAGUCCAGAACUUAAACCCAGACCAUGAAAGCAGGGUUCAAGCAAUCGAACGCGCGGAGAAAUUACGGGAGAAGGAGCUUCAGUACAAGGACAGUAGUGUAUUUGAGUCUGAGUUGGUUAACUUUGUCGGCAACAAUGGUUUUAAACGAGCCGGUGGUAUCGAGGAAGUCGAAAGGAUAAGGAGAGCUAGAGAUGAGGAAAACCUAAGAAGCAACUUCGGCCUCGGAGCAUCUUAG